GCUAGUGAGUGCGCGAACGAGAAAGGAGGAGGGCGCUCCAGGCGAAGGCACUGCAGACGCCAUUAUCCCCUGUUUCUCUGCGGCUGCAACCUCGACGUCUUGCCUACGUCCCGCUUUUUUGCGGCCUAUAGGCUACUGCAGCACUAGGGUGUCAGUUGGUCCCGCCCAGAACACUUCAGUUCUGCUCUGCAAGGAUAUAUAAUACCUGAUUGGUGUGUCCAUUUAAUACAAGAAAAUGGAAACUGAACAACCAGAGGAAACCUUCCCCAACACUGAAACCAAUGGUGAAUUUGGUAAACGCCCUGCAGAAGAUAUGGAAGAGGAACAAGCUUUUAAAAGAUCUAGAAACACUGAUGAGAUGGUUGAAUUACGCAUUCUGCUUCAGAGCAAGAAUGCUGGGGCAGUGAUUGGAAAAGGAGGCAAGAAUAUUAAGGCGCUCCGUACAGACUACAAUGCCAGUGUUUCAGUCCCAGACAGCAGUGGCCCCGAGCGCAUAUUGAGUAUCAGUGCUGAUAUUGAAACAAUUGGAGAAAUUCUGAAGAAAAUCAUCCCUACCUUGGAAGAGGGCCUGCAGUUGCCAUCACCCACUGCAACCAGCCAGCUCCCGCUCGAAUCUGAUGCUGUGGAAUGCUUAAAUUACCAACACUAUAAAGGAAGCGACUUUGACUGCGAGUUGAGACUGUUGAUUCAUCAGAGUCUGGCAGGAGGAAUUAUUGGGGUCAAAGGUGCUAAAAUCAAAGAACUUCGAGAGAACACGCAGACAACAAUCAAGCUUUUCCAGGAAUGCUGUCCUCAUUCUACUGACAGAGUCGUUCUUAUUGGAGGAAAACCUGACAGGGUUGUAGAAUGCAUCAAAAUCAUCCUUGAUCUUAUUUCGGAGUCUCCCAUCAAAGGACGUGCACAGCCUUAUGAUCCCAAUUUUUAUGAUGAAACCUACGAUUAUGGUGGUUUUACAAUGAUGUUUGAUGACCGCCGUGGACGUCCUGUGGGAUUUCCCAUGCGGGGGAGAGGUGGUUUUGACAGAAUGCCUCCUGGUCGGGGUGGGCGUCCUAUGCCUCCAUCUAGAAGAGAUUAUGACGACAUGAGCCCUCGUCGUGGGCCACCUCCACCUCCUCCUGGACGAGGUGGCCGGGGUGGUAGCAGAGCUCGGAAUCUUCCUCUUCCUCCACCCCCACCACCUAGAGGAGGAGAUCUAAUGGCCUAUGACAGAAGAGGAAGACCUGGAGACCGCUAUGACGGCAUGGUUGGUUUCAGUGCUGAUGAAACUUGGGACUCUGCAAUAGAUACAUGGAGCCCAUCAGAAUGGCAAAUGGCCUAUGAACCACAGGGUGGCUCUGGAUAUGAUUAUUCCUAUGCAGGGGGUCGUGGCUCAUAUGGUGAUCUUGGUGGACCUAUUAUUACUACACAAGUAACUAUUCCCAAAGAUUUGGCUGGAUCUAUUAUUGGCAAAGGUGGUCAGCGGAUUAAACAAAUCCGUCAUGAGUCAGGAGCUUCGAUCAAAAUUGAUGAACCUUUAGAAGGGUCGGAAGAUCGGAUCAUUACUAUUACAGGAACACAGGACCAGAUACAGAAUGCACAGUAUUUGCUGCAGAACAGUGUGAAGCAGUAUGCAGAUGUUGAAGGAUUCUAAUGCAAGAUAUUUUUUCUUUUUUAUAGUGUGAAGCAGUAUUCUGGAAAGUUUUUCUAAGACUAGUGAAGAACUGAAGGAGUCCUGCAUCUUUU